AUGAACGAGAGUGACGAAACAAACUGGGAUGUGACGUCAUCCAAUUCAACGGAAUUGUUGAGGAAUUCAAGUGAGGUGAAGCUGGCCCCUUUGAUAAUUGUCAUUGUGACGUGUGCUGUGGCAACCUCUACCAAUCUACUAGUACUCACUAUUCUCCUGUGCGAGCACCAGAUUCGAAAGAACUACAGGAUAGAGUUCAUUCUGUGGCUAUGUUUGAGUGACCUUGUCCUCAGUAUCGCUGGCUGGUUGUUUGUGUUCAAUUACGUCAUAAAGGAACUGACCAUGAACACACACUACUGUAGCUUGAUGUAUUACUUGAUCACAGUUGGUAUUGAUCAGUCUCUCGCGCACACAUUCCUGAUAUGUAUCGAUAGAUACAUGGCCGUUGUUAACCACACCCGAUAUCAAUUGUUUAGUAAGAACUAUCGAUACAUGGUAACGUUUGGUACCUGGGUCUUUAUCCACGGGUAUGUAGGGACACUGGUCAUUAUUUUCAUGCGCGCGGACCAUAUUUCUUAUUGUUCUUUAACGGCAUAUCCAAGGCAUAAAGCAUUUGUAAGUGCCGUUGCCUUUCUCAACUUACCUCUCCUUAUCAGCACACCGUGUCUAUACAUUUCUACCAUGGUAAUGUUUAAAAACCGUUCAAAACGGACACACAAUUACCCGCAAGUGUGUGUGGUGGACCCUAGUGGCAACGCCUCCCAGUCCUGUUCGAUCCACGUGCAAGAAAGGAACACCAUUCGUCAUAUCUACGAGAAGCAGGUGAUCAUAACAACAGGGCUGAUUGUGGUGAAUUUGCUCGUUCUCAGCGGACCACUCGUCAUGAUAAUAUUUUUAGAAGGACUGGAAAUAAUUGUAAUUAGUAGAUCGACAAGGAUAUUUACUUGCUUAAUGACUUUGUGCAAUUCUGCUGUCAAUCCGUUUCUGUACGUUUGUAGGAUCAGAAAAGUUAGACAAGUACUUAGAAAAGCCUUUUGUCCCUGCAAGCCUACUGAUACUUCCAGGUAG